UGACGAACCAUACAUGAAAAAAAUUUAGGCGAUUUCAUAGAAUAAGUGUAAUAAUCGACUAGCAGCUUUCAAAGUCGCAACACUAUUGGACACACUUCUAGAAAAUUCGGGUACGAGCACGAAUGAAGGAACUAUUGCGGCAAUAAACCGGCGUUUAUACCUACGUUAGAUUGAUCGAUUGUAGAAUUCAGCAACGUGUUUCUCUCUUCGUGUUAUUCGGAAGAUAAGCAAGAUUUUACUGUUCUUGUAAUAAAUUGAGACAAAUUAUAGUUAACGAUGGCUGCGAUGUCCGUCAUUGGUAUUGAUUUCGGUAACGAAUCAUGUUAUAUCGCUGUGGCUAAAGCAGGUGGUAUUGAGACAAUAGCCAACGAUUACAGUCUCCGCGGUACUCCAUCAUGUGUCGCUUUUUCACCGAAAAACCGAAUAUUAGGAGUGGCUGCAAAGAACCAAAUGGUCACAAAUAUGAAAAAUACUGUUUUUGGCUUCAAGAGGCUGUUAGGUAGAAAAUUCUCGGAUCCAUAUGUUCAAAAAGAGCUGAAGCAUUUCCCCUUCAAGGUUGAACAAAGACCGGAUGACGGAAUCGGCAUUAGAGUCAACUAUCUGGGUGAAGACAAUGUCUUUACUCCUGAACAGAUAACAGCUAUGCUCCUCACAAAACUUAAAGAAAGUGCAACCAUAGCAUUACAGACACCAAUUAAUGAUUGUGUCAUAUCUGUACCAAGCUACUUCACAAACUCUGAAAGAAAUGCUUUGUUGGAUGCAGCCAACAUUGCAGGUCUGAAUGUAUUACGUCUUAUGAAUGAGACCACCGCCACUGCUUUGGCUUAUGGUAUCUAUAAACAGGAUUUACCUGCACCAGAGGAAAAACCCAAGAAUGUUGUAUUUGUUGACUUUGGUCACAGUUCACUUCAGGUGUCUGCGUGUGCAUUCAACAAGGGUAAGCUGCGUGUCCUGGCUACAUCAACUGAUGCUCAAUGUGGUGGAAGGGACAUUGAUAUGGCAUUAGCUGACUACUUCUGUCAGGACUUCAUUACUCGAUUAAAGCUGGAUGCUAGGAAAAACCAAAGGGCUUUCCUUCGCCUUCUACAAGAAGUUGAGAAACUGAAGAAGCAGAUGUCUGCUAAUAGCACUCGCCUUCCGAUCAACAUAGAGUGCUUCAUGGAAGAGCGCGAUGUUUCUAGUGAAAUGCAACGCUCACAAAUGGAACAAAUCUGUGCUGAGACCUUCACACGCAUUGAAAGAACUAUGAGGGCUGUACUACACAAUUCCAAACUGAGACCUGAAGAUAUUCAUUCUGUGGAAAUUGUUGGAGGAUCAACAAGAAUCCCUGCUGUCAAAAAUUUGAUUGAACAAGUGUUCAACAAACAUGCUUCAACCACAUUGAAUCAGGACGAAGCUGUCUCCCGUGGCUGUGCGCUGCAGUGUGCUAUGCUGAGCCCAGCAGUGCGCGUGCGUGAAUUUAGCGUCACUGACGUUCAGCCUUACGCCGUACGUCUGGCCUGGGAUGCCACCAAGGGAGAGGAUGGCGACAUGGAGGUGUUCUCAGCUUUCCAUGCCGCGCCAUUCUCAAAGAUGCUUACUUUCUAUAGAAAAGAGCCAUUCUCGGUCAGUGCCUACUAUUCUGACCAGGUGCCUUACCCGGACACAUUUAUUGGUCAGUGGCACAUUAGAGAUGUCCAACCAACAGCUGAAGGAGAGUCACAGAAAGUAAAACUUAAAGUUAGAGUGAACAUCCACGGCAUCAUAACAGUCGCCUCCGCAUCCCUUGUGGAAAAGAAACAAGACGCUGCUCAAAAUGACAAUAUAGAGAUGGAGAAUUCGAAUGAAAAUUCUCAGGGACAAGAUGCUGCUAUGGAUACUAAUGGUGCCAGCCAAGAUCAACAACAAAAUGGCCCCGAAAACCAAGAGGUGAGAGACGACGAAAUGAAGGGGGAGCCUCAACAAAAACAGUCGUGGACACAGAAAGUAGGACAGUGGUUCAGCGGGGAUAAAUCCAAAGAUAAGACCAAGAAGGUUCUUGUUAAAACCAUUGAACUACCUAUUGAUGCUCAGACACACGGACUUGCCAAACAUGAUCUUAACUCAUUUAUUGAGCAAGAGGGUAAAAUGCAAGCUCAAGAUAGACAAGAGAAGGAACGUGCUGAUGCUCGCAAUGCUUUGGAAGAAUAUGUUUAUGAAUUACGUGGCAAACUGUCUGAAGGGGAAGCUCUUCACGAUUUCAUCGCAGAAGAUAAUCGCAAUCGCCUCGUCAACCAGUUGGACGCUCUCGAACAAUGGCUGUACGACGAAGGUGAAGAUCAACACAGACAGGUAUACAGCGAUAAGCUGACAGAAUUGAAGACAGAAGGCGAACCUAUCAAGCAGCGACGUUUGGAGUACGAACUGCGUCCUGGAGCUUUAGAUGAUUUUUCAAGAGCAAUCCAAUUAGCCAACAAAGCUGUUGAUUUGUACAAAGCUGGCGACAUUAAGUACGCUCAUCUGGCUGAUGCAGAUAUUCAGAAAGUAGCAGAAGCGUCAAAGAAUGCGCUGAACUGGUUAGAGAGUGCUCGCCAGGCGCUUGCGCAUACACCACGUCACCAGUCUCCACCGCACACCACGCAUCAGAUCCGCCAGGAACGACAGACCUUUGAGAAUACUGUGAACCCAAUAUUAAACAAACCAAAACCAAAAGAAAAGACCCCGCCGCCCGCCAACCCUACAGCUGGUGAUGGACAGCCCGACUCUGCCGCGCCCAGUGACGCUCAGCAGACACAAGAACAAAUGGAUGUUGAAUGAAUGCGUACGACCACUCCUUAAUACUACCUGCACAUAUAAUACUGAAUCAUAAUACUAAAUAAUUACACUCAAUUUACAUACUUGUUCACUCUACAUAAGGACUAUAGCAAGGAUAUUGUAUGAAGCAUAACUGUAAUUUUAUAUUUAUUCUAAACUACAGUUCUCAUAUGGUGUUAUUGUUUAGUUUUAUGGCGCAAUCCGCGUUUUCUCUUGUGAAAGAACGCACGGACAAAUUAUAGUGAAUAUUUAUUUUUAUUUGAAUGAUGGAAUGGCUGAUAACAAUUUAAAGUUAUUUUCUACUAUGCUACUAUAAUGCAUUUUUUUUACGUAUAGUUUUGUUCAAUCGAAUAACUUUAAUACGCGCAUUUGAAUUUUAGGCGUAUAACCCGAGUAAUAAAUAGUAUUAAUGUAAUUUAUAUUUUGGUUACAUUUUGUACACCUACUUAAUGCAUUUUUGUGCGAUAACUACAAUUUUAUUUCAUGUGAUGUGAUAAAAUUGAUUUUAGUGAAUAAUUAUAUAGCCAAUAAAUUAAUACGAGGGAGCACAUUGAUUUAUUAAGGUGAAAUUAAAAUAUUUCCAAUAAAGAAUUUAAGCUUUUGAUGGCACUGGUUCUAACUUCACUGAAAUAAUACUAGAAAUUAUCUUAUUUUAAUUUCACCAAUGUGCUAAGGCAAUAGAAUAAUUUUAAGAUUUUCGUGUUAUUUGUUUAAAUGGUAUAAUAUAAUGUUAGAAAACGAUACUUACAUUAAUUAAUACAUACACAGAUGUCCGAAGAAUCUUAAUGAACAGGAAUGAUUUUCUUUAUAAAAUCUGUAACUUGGUCUUUAAAACACUAUUUGUUGAAUGAAUAUAUGUAAGAAAUAAAUUGUAAGCUGGCCUUAUAACAUUUAACUAAAAUAUCUAUGUUAAAUAAAAAGCAAUGAUCAUAAUUCCUGUCAGAAAGUGCGUAGAUUUUCUCUUGCACCGAACUAAAUCCUGGUCUCAAGUUAGUUUAAAUGCUUUAAUACUGAAAUGAUUGCUACAUUAGUUUUGAUUUCAAAAUACACACUUUCAUCACAAUAUGAGAGUUUAUUUUUAGCAUUGCAGGCAUCAUUUCUUUGAAAGUAAAACCUCGCAUUCUUAGGCAUUUUUAUUAGAAUGACAUAAGUGUGUAGUAAAAUUGCUACACUGCAUUCCUGUUUCCAACUCUCUGUAUUAGUCUUUAUGAAUAUGUAUGGGGGAAACGAGGAUAAUUCUCUAAAGAAUUUUAAUUUAAACCCUCAUUUUUUACACUGGUAAACGUUUUCGAUUAUGUUGCGUGUAUUAAGUAUUGUUUCAUAACCUCUUCGUCUUAUAAAGACUAUUCCAUCGUCGCAUGAUUAUUGAGGUAUUGAGAUACUUGUUACAUUACUACUGUUACACUUUCCAUGAAAAAAAGUUUAGGUUAAUUCAAAUUUUGAAAGUUUAAUUUAUUCAAACGUUUCUCUUUUUAAUUUCUGUAAUUUAUUGGUCUCUACAUAAAAACAUCAUUCCACACUUACCAACUGCAAUAAUAUGGAAUCGAAAUUAAUACUUAGGUUAGGCUAAAUUAAGUCCUAAAUCCAUGUCAUGAAAAUCUCUGUAGUAAUUUUAUAUUUUGGUGUAAUUGAUUUCCUCUUAGUUUUCAUGAAUGGGGCCUGCUUUUGUAACAAGUACUUGUCUGCCCCCUACUUUCCCAAAUUGCUUGUGUAAUGUAAAACGAAUUCAUCAAUUAUCUGUCACACUUCAUGUCAUCAGCUACAUACUUAUAGGUUAUUGUGGCCUAUGUUGUACAUUUGCAAAUAAAAAUGGUUGAACCAUUACUAUGUUAUUUGUGCAUUAAAGCUUAGUAAAUGGAUAAUUU